UCGACUCAUUUCUGAAGACUGGUGUAAAGAAGGGCAACUGUUAUGGAAGGCUUAUCAUAUGAAGGGACUCUUCCUGAUCUGGCUGCUUUCGAUUUCUACUAGAAGCACAGAGGCUCAGGAUUUUAACAAUCUUGCUUCCAUUACAAAGUUCUUGGACCUAAAUUAUGACAUAGGGCAGUAUUCAGCAGCCAUCAAUGUCCCACAGGAACAGUGUCACGAUUUCAAACCCUCGACUGUCAACUUCUUAAAAAAUGACAAAGGAAAUAAUGUAAAAAAUAUUAUAAAAGAUGAAACAAAUCCAGUCUACAAAGGCGAAGAGCUCAUCGCUGCAGGAGUCCAGAAACCACCUCAUACAGCACAUUCAGAGUUUCUGCUUCUAAACCCUGCAAAUAAGUCACCUUUAACAUAUUUACUGAAUAAGAGAAAUGAUGGAUGUGUGGUGUUUUACACCCUAAACUCUCCCUGUAUGAACACCUGUCUCACUGGAAAGUACAACAUUAUACCAGGUGUAGAUGAACUAAAAAACUAUCAGGGAAUAAAAGCCUUUGCUUUCAAAAAUAUCUGGACACAUGAUCAAGGCGAACCAGAGCUGAAAGAAAAACUGAAGACUAUUGCUGAUCGUGUCCCACUCUACCGCUGCCAAAACAACAAACAAUGCAUCCUUUGUGGAGAGCCAAAUUCAAAUGCUGAAAUACCUGAUGCAUGUUUGUCUGGUUGAAAAAACACUAGUUGUCUGGGUUGCUUAAUUUUAAUGAGCUUGAUAAGAUGCUUCAGAUGCUUUUUUAAAAACUCAUGAAAAAUGAUCUAAUUUCA